AGCCGCCGGCGGGGAAGGAUGUGCGCACAGCUUCUCCGUAAUUCCUUAUUGUAUUCCUACCGGUUUUCAUUAUAGGAGAGAAACUUGAUCGGACCAUCAAGACCAACACAAGAGUACUUGUAACCUUUCAUCUUCAAGCAGCUUGUGUUGGAUGAUUUUUCUAGUGAGGCUGAAGGUUGUAUGGAGAAAAGACCCUUGGGAGUACAAUGGGGAAAGUCAACAGAGGGUCCCUUGUGUCCACGAGACGACGGCUAGUGAAGGCGUCUGGAUCAGGGGGCAAGAGAUCUCGUGCUACAUCUGCCGGCAAGGGUAAUCUGCCACUACCACCACCACCACCAUCACAAUCCCUGGUUUUGGAUGAGGACUCAGGCUUCGGUGGCGACCAGUCCCUUGAUUCUGAGUCUUCAUUGCUGUCGGCCCCAAACGUCGCAGGUCCUGGAGUGGUGCUGCCGUCCCUCACCAUGGUGCCCCAGGCGAAACUGUUGCUAGUCAGUUUGUUGCAAGGUGCUGGGGGCCUGCCAGGGUCGGGGACCAGCCAGAAUGCCUCAGCAAAUGUUGCGGUUGGGGCUUCUCCCCCCACAACGCAAGCGAGUGUCAGUAAUGGCACCAACCAAACAGGGAACACCCAUGGUGCAGUGAUGUCCAGAGGUGCAGAAAAGGAGAGUCAGGGCUCCCACAGUGUACGGCCCUUGCUGGCUGCUGCUCCCAUUGAGUUGCCAGCAGCCAGCACCAGCUCUCCCUCCAACUACCCCACUGAGCCUGUGGCACUUGGGAGUGCAGGCCAUAAGGUGGUGGAGGGCCAGGUGAACUUGAAGAGGGACAACCUGAAGGUGGAUCUGAGUGAUGAGGCUCUCAAGGUGGAUCUAAGUGAAGAUUCGCUAAAUGUGGAUUUAAGUGAAGAGGCCCAGGAACUGCCGGCCUCUCAAGCUUCUGCCACUGCCACGACGCACACUAUGCCACCUCUCGUCUCCUUCCGAGAUGUCUCACUGCUCUCGUCCCUUCAUCAGUUUAAGGGGAACAACAGUGCAGGCAACCCUGCCAUGCUGCGAGUAGAUGGAGGUGCCCAGACUUGUGUGAGCAGCAAGGUGGUGAGGCCAGGUGUCCCCCACAGUCCACCACCCCUCACAGCCCAGCUCUCAGCACGGUCCUCUGAUGGCAGUGUUGAGUUGAAGCUGGUGACGCAGCCUGAGGAGCAGCACAGGGCUCGCUACCAGACAGAGGGAUCACGAGGUGCUGUGAAGGAUCGGUCUGGGUCAGGCCAUCCCACUGUCAAGCUGGUAGGAUACAGCAAGCCCACCACACUUCAGAUCUUUGUGGGGUCAGACACAGGGAAGUCUGGUCCCCACAUGUUUUACCAGGUGUGUCGUGUGAGUGGCAAGAAUUCCACCCCAUGCCGUGAGCGUCGAGUGGAUGGCACCGUGGUGAUAGAAGCGGCACUCCACCCAGAAAAUGAAAUGACCAUGAGCUGCGACUGUGUGGGCAUCCUGAAGGAGCGUAAUGUAGAUGUGGAACACCGCUUCAAGGCCGUCAUGUCCCGAGGUCGCAAGAAGAGCACCAAGUGUCGUCUGGUGUUCCGUACCUUUAUCACUCUCCCCAGUGGUGCUCAGGAGGUGCUGCAGGUUGUCUCACAGCCCAUUGCCUGCACCCAGCCACCAGGUGUGCCGGAAAUCUGCCGUAAGUCUAUCAGCUCUUGCUUAGUGACUGGCGGUGAACAGAUCUUCAUCUUUGGCAAGAAUUUCUUGAAAGACACAGUGGUGGUAUUCCAGCAACACAGUGCCAAGGCCCAGCCUAUAUGGGAAGAAAAGGUCCUGCCUGACAAAGACUCUCUGCAACCUAUUCAUCUGAUUGUGGCGGUGCCCAAGUACUGCGACCUCACAGUGACGGAGGAGGUGACUGUGGAGAUGGUGGUCGUCUCUGGAGGAAAGAAGUCAGAACCUCAAAGCUUCACCUAUCUUCCUCUGCCCACCAAGAAGGAAGUACAAGUGUCUGACACAUGGGAAGAAAAGCCUCUGCCUAAAGGAGUAUCUCCAUGUGCAUUGCAGCUGAAUCGACACUUUGCUGAAACCGGGAGUCUUCCACAGCACAUAGCUGAAGUAGCCACCUCCCAUGUCACCCCUUCACCCCCCACCAAGACUUCUUCAGGAGUGACACCUGCAGGAGCAGCCACUGGUCCAGUGGCCACAUCCCCAGUGCGGACCUCCCGUGUCAUGCUUAGCUCAGCCAAAAAGAUUGUAGGACGGGCUUCCCGACUGGCUUCCCGCAACCCUAGACAGUCUCCUCUCACAGCAAGAUCUGUCCGCAGCAGUCCUGUAGAGUCUUUACCUAGCCCUGCCUCAGCACCUGCCACUGAGGGUCAGGAAUCAAGGGAAACUGAGCAGCCAAACAAGCAGCCAACCAUGCAGGGGACAGUCUCCCUGGAGAGCCUGGUGGAGAUGCUGAAGGUGGUGCAGAAGUUUCCCACUGGAUCCAACCUAUACACAUCCGUCCUGCAACUGGUGGAGCGGCUCAUCCACUCCAUGAAGGACAACAUUGGCCAUCAGUGCAAGACUGAGGUGGAAGAAGAGUCAGAAGCCCCAGGUCUGCCUGCCUCACCAAAGGUGGCAGCCUCCAGUCCUCCAGCUGGGUCAUAUGUUUUUAGCAAGGGCCAAAAGCUGGUUUCUGGACCAUCUGUUCAGACCACCCAGGUGAACCAUUCCUCCAGUUAUCCCCCAACAAAUGUAGCUAUACCCAUGGCUACCCCUGUCAGUCUGUUUCCCUUGACAGUGUUCUCUGCCAUGCCUUCCACAGUCUCUUCUGGUCCAAAAGUAGCCCGUGUGGCCCCUGUAGCACCAGUGGCCCCAACAACGGUGGUCUCUUCCCCUGGUUUAACUCGUACAGUGCGGGUGUGUGUGGCUGAGGCACCACACUUGGAGGAGCCACCUCUCAAAAAGCAUCGAGAGGAGGUGGGCUUGCUUCCUGACUACGCUUUGGUGCGAGGCAGCCAGUUUCCUUCAGAGCAACAAAUGACAUCUGCAACAGCUAGUGUAGUCUCCACUGCCUCAUCAUUCAGUGCUGUAAACCCACUACUGUCAUCCAAGAUGGUGAAUCAGUGCACUUCACAGGAGGCCCUGGGUGAGGCUUCCCCAGCCAUAGAUGCCUUGCAAGGCCAGAUGAGAAUACCUGACUCUCAGGAGGUUAUAAGUGGUCCAGCAGUACACCUGACCCACCUCCCUGUUCCCUCUCCUCCUCAAAAUGUGUACCGGCCCCUAGGUCAAUCUUUGCUGCAAAACAUAAACCAGAGAGCUCCACAGCAACAACAACAACAACAACAGCAGCAGCAGCAGCAGCAGCAGCAGCAGCAACAGCAAUCACAACAGCAGCAGCACCAACAUCAACAGCAGCACCAACAUCAACAGCAGCAGCAACAACAACAGCAACAACAACAACAGCACCAACAGCAGCAACAACAUGAACAACAACAAGAACAGCAGGAGCAGCAGCAAGGACAGGCUGUUAGAGCAAGCCAACCAGCAGCUUCCUCCAUGCCCCACACUGUCACACAGCAUCACCUUAAUACUCUGUCUGGGGAACAGACAGUGAGGCAACACAGCACUCCACCAGUGCUAGGUGUGCAGCCUGACAUGCAUGUGCCAGUCUCUGAUCCAUUGUUGUCCCAAGGGCCAGGCCUGUGUGGAGUGCUGCCUUCAUCUUCCACCAUGGCCCCAGCCCCUGCUACACAAGAGUCUGCUGCCUCAACUUGUGUCACCUCUUCAGCCCUCACGCGCUCUGAUCCACUCCUCUCCCAGUCCAGCCCUGUUGCUCCAAUACAGAUGGAGGCUGGGCCAGCCAUCCCAGCCACCAGUACUGAAAACAGUAGCAGGACUGCCCGGGCUGGAGAUGGCCUCAUAGUCGCUAACUCCAACUCACAGGUCUCCAUGCAGAAUGAAGUCACCUCAGCAAUCAAUCUCUCAGAGACAGAACUUCUAAACUACUUUGAUCCAAAUUGUUUUGACAAUGUAUGAAGCCCAGUGUUGGUGAGCCACUGAUGAUGAAGAAAUUGAGCAACCAAGUCAGAGCCAGCAGCAAGCAUUGGCUGAGGGGCAGGGCACUGCUUUGCUCAGCCCCUCACACUGCACUGUACUCACAUGGGAAAGUUGAGAGAACCUUGUGGCAUCAGGUCUUUACUCUGCCUGGUGUGAGGGCAAGCCUGGACUGCCUUUGUGCCAGAAGCCACAUGUUCUUCUACUCAUAUUUUUAUAGGUGCUUGUUAGAUAUCUAAUUUAUUGUUUUAUAGAUAGUUGUUAUUAGUACUCUAAGCAAAAUUGUGUAUUUGAAGAGCACGAAAUGAGUGUCUUUGUACAGCAGAAAUUAAAAGCUGUAUGGUUUGUGGUGUGAUCUUUUGCUGUAAACAUUGUCAUUGUUAGGUUGCUCCUGUCAGACACUGGAUCUUUCUUUGCAGUCUCUGAAAAAAAAAUCUUUUAAUCUCACUCUAUGUAAACAAUAUUUUACAUAUAUAUAUAUAUAUAUAUAUAUAUAUAUAUAUAUAUAUAUAUAUAUAUAUAUAUAUAUAUAUAUAUAUAUAUACAUUUUUUUUUACGUUGUAGAGUGUGACUCAUCAUGCUCCCAUGUUGGAAGGAGGAUUUAGGAGAAUCCAGCCAGUAUACCUAUUACAGCUUGUUGGACACAAACCUUUAACAAUUAUAGGACCAACCACUGAAGUGUUAGCAAGACCCAUGAAUGCUUCAUGCCAUACUUCAGAGGAACAAGAUUUUCAAUGUAAAUAUUUGUCACUUAAGGCAGCUGCUUGUCCCCUUUUGGUAGAGGGAUGUAAAUGCAGUAAUCUCUGGUGACCUCUGUGUUUUUAUAGUUGAUAUGUGUGCAAUAGUCUCCAUCACCACUCAUUCUUCAAUGCAUUUAUUUACUGUGGAGCACUUUGACAAAGGAUUGCAGGGCACCAUUCACAUCACUACACUCCCUGUAUUGCUGGUCCUCCUACUAGGUUUUUUUUUUCUGCCCUGAUAGUUUUUGUAGUCAAGCCUUUAUUGUCAUGUAGCUUUGGGAUAACUGGUAAUUAUUUUGCUGUAUUUUGUACCCAUGGUUUCUAGAAGUCCGUUAAGUUCCAUUAUGGGUUAGUAUUGUUCAGUAUGUCAAAUAUUCAGUAUUUCAUUAGCAGAAAUAACUUUAAUACUACUAUCAAAUUAUCAUCCCUAACUAAAGGACUUUGUUGCAAGUUGAAUGGUGUUGUGAUUGGUGGACAACCUAGUAUUAUGUGUAUAUUGCUGUGAUUAUGGUUAACCUAGUGUAUGUGGUAAGCCUAAAGUUGAGCCGUGCUGCUGCUGUUCUUUUUUAGAAUGAGCAUAAUUUCUGUACAGAUCACACGAGGGAAUCUCAUGGGUUGGGUGGAAAGCAGACUGCCUGACUCAACUUUGCACCCCUCAUAUAAAGUUUUUGUAGCACCCCAGCAGACCACUGUUGUAAAGUCUGACCACAAAUGUUUAUAGUUGUAUAUUACAAAGUAUGGUUUGAAUGUAAUAGGCCUUGAUGUUAUGAGGUACUUCAGUGGGCAGUACAAAUUAGUGUUUGUGCAAUAUCCUUAGUAACACUGUUGUAUUGUCUUGGUAGGAUGCAAGCUAGUGUUACUAGCUGCAAACUGUUUUGUUUUAUUAUAUAUAUAUAUAUAUAUAUAUAUAUAUAUAUAUAUAUAUAUAUAUAUAUAUAUAUAUAUAUAUAUAUAUAUAUAUAUUGUUAUUGGAGGAAAAAUUUGAAUACCUGGCUUCAAGGAGGUUUGCAGGUUUUGAUUUAAAAGUGUAUUAUUCCAAUAUUUUGUUUGCCUGGUUGUGGUUCACCUCCACUAAGUGCCAAUGCUUUGUGCUUUCAGCUGGUUAAAUAAGAAUUUCAGUGCAAAGUGAGAACAAUACUUGUUAAGCCCUUGCUUGUACAACUCUUUGGUGACCACCAGCAGCUGUCCUUGCACUGGUUGGGUAUUCAUAAUGGAAAUGGUGCAUUUUCUUCCUAAAAACUAUUGGGAAUAUAGUAGACCUUUUUCUUCUCUGAUAUCUUUAGUAGCCUUUAAAGAUGACUUCCGAUAUUUUCAUGGUGUCAGAAAUUAUUUCUUGUUGAUGGUGCAACAGCAGCAGCAGCAGCAGCAGCAGCAGUUAAGCAAUCACGUGGCAUCAAGCUUACUGCUGCUGCUAACUAUUAACUAAGUCCCUUGGUCUGGGUCAUAGUGGCCCUGAGGUGCUCAGUGGGGCCAGCCAUCAGUGUAACCUUUUGUUUUAGUCUUCCUCAUAUAAUUUCAUAAUAGUGAUAGUAAAGUAAUAAUAAUAAUAAUAAUAAUAAUAAUAAUAAUAAUAAUAAUAAUAAUAUCUUAAGGGAUGCUGUACAUGUAAUAUUUUCAGACCACUCAACCUUGAACCUUGACAAGUUUCAUUUGAGCAUCUACUGUUUUGGGAAGGUGAGCAUGUUCUUGCUGAUCUAGAAUCACAGAUAAUCAAGAACCUAGAAUGGCAGGAUAGGACAGAUUGUAACUAGAUGGCUUACAAGAUAUUUUUCUCAGGAAAACAUUGUCAUUUGAAAUUUUACCAUUCUUAUUUUUCAGUUCUCUUAUUGAUUUAUUGUUUGUAAAUUUACUCCAAUUCAUCAAGACCUUUGGGAGACAAAAGUGUGUGGACCAAAGUAUUUAAUAGGUUUUAUCAGCUCUUUGUGCUGGAUUGCAGCCAUAGGGGAGGUGUGCGUGUGCAUGGCUGCAGCGUCUGUGGACCAUCUCUUGCCUGUGCUGUGUCUUGUGAUGUGGUGGUGUCAGUGGCCACUGCCAUGCCACUGGCUGAGAGUAUUACUCAACCUUGGAGGUUCUGUGUUCACAGUUUGCCACAUUGUGAAGUGCAUUGUGCUCCAUAAUAACCAUGUAUUACUAUUCAGAAGAAUGUUUAGUUUUUUGGCAUUUAACAUAUUUUGUCUAGUGUAUUUUCAUAUACUUUUGUAUCGACAUGUUGCGGUCUGGCUUUUGCCAUCCAUGUUUUAUAUGACACUGGGUGGUGACUCAAGUCUGGAGUCAAGCAGAGGUAGCUCAACACAGUUUUGCUGUUCAGAGUAUUUUGUUGUGGGCCCAUGUAAAUGGUCCACAUUACACUUGACUGCAGUGGUGUUAGUUUUGGCUGCAUCAACACCAAACUUGUGUGAAAAUUAACUUGGCAUAAUAUGUUUUAGUUUUAUUUUAUCAUGAGCAGCACAUUUUACAUCAAGAACUUAAGUUGUGUAAAUGCAGUUAAAAUUUUCAAGUUCUCUAUGAUUUCACACAAGUUGCUACACUUAGGGAGUCACCAUUAAGUAUGAGGUGGACCAAGACUUAACAAUGUAGUGUCUUCAUGAGUCAGUGCUGUGACUGCUACACAGUAUUUUUCAUCAGAAAGCACACUUGUCUGCAUAGUGAUCAACAAUCUCAUGAAGACUUAGCAUUGAUUUGCUUUUGUUGGUAGAUUAUUUGAAUCAUGUAUCAGUGGCUUUACAAAUAUUGAAAUUGUGCAUUUAAAUGAUUAAAGAUUAAUAUGA